AAAAUAAUAUAAUAUAAUAAAUUACUCCCAAAAAACAAAAAACAAAAAAAAAAAAACAAAAACACCAAAAAAACCACAAAAAAACAUAUAUGCGUAAAAAAGAAAAAAACAAAAAAAAAAAUAAUGGAGACCGGAUCGACAACUGACAAAUCGCCCUUCCAAGUCGAACAAGCUCCGACGACGACGUCGCCGACGUCGUCGCCGCCGCAACCGAGUCAGUUAUGGAAGAUCAUAGUGGUGGCGUCGAUAGCCGCCGGAAUCCAAUUCGGGUGGGCCCUGCAGCUAUCUCUCCUCACUCCAUAUGUGCAGCUCCUUGGAAUCCCGCACAAGUACUCUUCCUUCAUUUGGCUUUGCGGUCCCAUUUCCGGCUUGAUCGUUCAGCCGCUGGUGGGUUACUACAGCGACAAUUGCACCAGCCGUUUCGGCCGCCGUCGACCCUUUAUCGCCGGCGGUGCCGCCCUCGUCAUCUCCGCCGUCAUCCUCAUCGGAUUCGCGGCCGAUAUAGGCCACGCUGCCGGUGACCCCCUAGGGAAAACCUCCAAGCCCCGUGCCAUUGCCAUUUUCGUCGUCGGGUUUUGGAUCCUCGAUGUCGCCAACAACAUGUUACAAGGUCCAUGUAGAGCGUUGCUGGCUGAUCUCUCCGACGGAAGCUCCGACAGAACACGGACGGCGAACACGCUGUUUUCAUUUUUCAUGGCGGUCGGAAAUGUGCUAGGUUACGCCGCCGGUUCCUACCCGAACCUACACAAAAUUUUCCCGUUCGCACUGACAAGCGCGUGCGAUGGCUACUGCGCCAACCUGAAGAGCUGUUUCAUCAUUUCCGUCGUCCUCUUGCUGGUGGUGACCGUGGUGGCAUUGUUUAGCGUGAGCGAAAGCAAGCACUCAAAGGAAAGCUUCCAAGGAGGGGGAGAGGGAAAGAAGAUAGCAUUCUUCGGGGAGCUUUUGGGGGCGCUGAAGAGUCUCCCGCGGCCGAUGUUUAUCCUCCUGGUGGUCACGGCCCUCAACUGGGUCGCGUGGUUCCCUUUCUUCUUGUACGACACGGACUGGAUGGCCCGGGAGGUUUACGGCGGCGAGGUGGACGACCACGGGCUGUACAACAGCGGCGUGCGGGCGGGGGCGCUGGGGCUCAUGCUUCAGUCGGUGGUCCUGGGGUUCAUGUCCAUUGGGGUGGAGAUCGUCGCGCGGCACGUCGGCGAAGUGAAAACGCUGUGGGGUGGGAUUAACUUCAUCCUCGCCGUCGGUUUAGGCAUGAUGGUUUUGGUUACCAAACUAGCGGCACACAACCGCCGGUAUGACGCAAGCGGCAACGCCCUCCCGCCGUCUCCCGGCAUCAAGGCCGCAGCUUUGGUCAUCUUUUCCGUUCUCGGCAUUCCUCUAGCAGUGACAUACAGCAUUCCAUUUGCUUUGGCAUGCAUCUUUGCAAGUGAUGAAGAUGGUUCGGGGCAUGCGGGUCUCUCCCUAGGUGUUCUCAAUCUUGCAAUCGUGGUGCCACAGAUGUUCGUGUCAUUCUUAAGUGGACCUUGGGAUGCAGUGUUUGGAGGUGGGAAUUUGCCGGCAUUCUUAGUGGGAGCGGUGGCUGCGACCGUGAGUGGAGUAUUAGCAAUCACAAUGCUUCCAUCGCCAGGACCAGAUCAAAAGCAAAUUGUGAUACCAUAGCCAUUAUAUUAUAUAUAUAUAUAUAUAUGGGCUGGGCAACUCUGCUGUUUUAUUUAGUUUGUACGACGA